AUGCUAGAUAAUCCAAAAAUAUAAUUAGAAACAGACAUCAUUCUUUAAGGAAUGGAAUACAUAAUUAGUAUGUAAGCUAGUGAUCAUUUACUGUAUAAAUAAUUAAUAAAUCUUAGUUACAUAGAAUUAGAAUCCAAAUAUGAACCUCAAAUAUGGAAAAAUACUUAUACCAUUGAUUAUAUUGAAGAACUUACUCGUAAAACAGGAAAUCCAAAAAAAUUCAAUAUAUUUCUCUCCAUGUUAUAAACUGCAUUACAAAAAACUAAUGAUAAUGUAUAAUUAUAAUCUAAAUAGGUUUUAUUUGAAAUUUUAACAUACCAAGAUCUUGAGAAUCUCAAAUAAUAGAAAUAAUAAGAUCAAAGUAAUAUGUCUAGAACAUCAUCAACUAAUUAGAAAGUCAAUAAACGAUAUUUAAUUUUGUCAUAUUAAACUGAUUUUGAAAAAAUUCAUUAUCCUUUGGCUUUAAAUUAUGAGGAAUAAAUUGAAAAUUCUAGAUUAAUGACCAAAAUUCAGAAUCUAAAAACAGAACUCUUUGAUUACAAACUUUAAAAAUCAAAUGAUGCAGAAUUUUAAGCAUCUAAUUCAUUUUCCAAAAGUAAAAGGGAUAUUUAAACUCCUGAUUCUUUAGUGAAUUAAAAUGAAUUAUUGAAAGCAAAAGUAAAGAGAUUAGAGGAAGCUUUGACUUAAAAAAAGGGAGCAGUUGAAGUAGAUUAAUUAGUUCGAGAUAAUGAAGACUUGUAAAAUAUGUUAAAUACUUCUAAAUUAUUAUAUGAAGAUAAAAUUUUAAAGUUAGAACAAUAACUGAAUUAAAAAAGUACAGAAAUAGUAAUGUAAAUGGCUGAAGUACAUAUAAAGUUAAUAAAGAUUAGAUAAAUGCAUUUAAGAAAGAAUUGACAUAAUUAAUUGGCAAAGUAGAAAUGGAUACUCGAAUCAAAGAUCAUAUAAGGUUGAUGAAUGAAGAAGAAGAAAGUAAAUUAGUGAAAGCUUAAAAAACAAUACAAAAAUAUGAAAAAGAAGUUGAAGGCCUUAAUUAGUAUGUAAUUGAUAAAAUCAUAGAUAAAUAGAUUCGUUAAAGAAAUAAGACGCAGUAUAAAAGAGAAGAAUAAAUCAAUUAGAAACUGAACUAUCUUAAUCAAUGAAAAAGUUUAGUUACAAAGGAGUUACUGAUAGACUUUAUUCUCCCUAUAGUAAUCAUUCAAAUGGAAGCAGAAAGUCUAAUUAUUCAGUUCCAAAUAGAUUAAAUUCAAAUAAUUCAUCUGGAAAUGCUUCUCCUAAUGUAAGACAGGCAUCUCCAGCAUUAAGCAAGAAUUCACGUACUUCUACUCAAAAUUCAGUAAUAUAAAUUUAAAUUCUUAGGCUGCAUAUCAGAAACCUAAGUUUUAUAAUACAUCUCCAUUGAAUAAAUAACCAAUUUAGAAGAAACCUUCUCCAGCAAGACCACAAUAAUAGAUGAAACCUACUCCUAAUAGGGCAUCUCCAAUAGUUUAAUAGAAACCAUCUCCUGGAAGAAACAAUAUAUUUAGAUAGCCUUCUCCACCUAGAUAAAAUUAUUAAUAACAUAAGAUCCAGUAAUAAUAAUAAGUGAAAUAACGAACAAAUUAAUCUGCUAAUAAUUAUAAAUAGCCAAUAAAGUAGGUGCAUUAAUAUGAAAGGAAAUCUGGUAAUGCUACAGAUUUGGAUAAUAAAAUAAAUAAUUUAAAAAAUAUAUUAUAAAGAGCAAAAAGAUGA